AUGGUAUUUUUGUUGGUCCUUCUAGUAACGAAGCCAGAGAGUAUCGGCGUAGCAAUGAACGAUUCUCCCGUGGGUCUGGCAAAUUAUAUCCUGGAGAAAUUCUUUAUAUGGUCAGGAUGUGAAACUGAUGAAAGUUUUGCUUGUUUGGAAUCAAAAUUUAGCAAAGACGAACUUCUUACUAAUAUUAUGCUGUAUUGGUUAACUGGAAGUAUGCCAUCUGCAUUGAGACUGUACAGGGAAAACAUGUUGGACAAAUCUUUUGUGUAAGUAUGCAGAAUCGAGGCGGGAUGUCACUUAGGCGGGCCAGCUCAGUUCCCAUAUAAACGCAAUUCUCAACGGAUGAUUCUAGCUAGAGACGAAAUUUCGAUCUAGACAAGAAGAACAAAAUGCAUUACCAUAGCUGGAAAGAGUAUCUUAAAAUGAGUAAAACUGCAAAGUUUGGUUGCGAAUUGUUGUAAAAUGAGGAAAAUAUAGCCCUGUGAAGUUCGCAUAUUUUGUAUAUAUUUGCAUUACGCGCGGGAAAAAAUAACCAUUUUUGAGCCGAAAGUGGUUAUUUUUACCGCGCGUAAUACAAAUAUAUACAAAAUUUGUGAUAUUCACAGGGCUAUAUUUUCUUCAAUUUACAACAUUUAGCAAACCAAUCUUUGCAGUUUUACUCAUUCUAAGACGCUCUUUCUAGCUGUGGUGUUGGAUUUCGUUCUUCUUGCCUUGAUCAAAAUCUGUCUAUAGCUGGGAUCACCCACUAAACCGGGCCAGCUUGAGUACCCAGGCUGGCUCGCCCCAGAUAAACAGCCCCUAAGGAGUGCAGUUUAGCUGUUGUAGAACUAUUUCAUAUAAACAAAAACAGCUAAGCCCAUUAAGUUGCAUUGUGUCCUAAUGCACCCUACUAAAAUUUAUUAUUUUAGUCUGUCUAACGCCAGACAAUUUUACUCGUCAAGGGGAGGGUGCUGGACUAUCUGCCCAUGUGUCUAAGUUAAUCCAUUGAGUUGCAUUGCACCAUAAUGCCCCCCACACUUUAUUAUGUUAACUACUUUAUUAGUCCAAGACUUACCCGACUGGUUACUUCAAUUUGUAGGUGCCCAAUUCCAGUCCCGACUGGUUUGGCCAAUUUUCCACAUAUGCUGGUCGAACCACCACAAGCUUGGCUACAUCGCGCCUUUCCCAACAUCGUACAAUUCACUGAAAUGCCUCUUGGCGGCCAUUUUGCAGCCUUUCAGGAACCACAGUUGCUCGCGGACGAUGUUUGGAAAUUCGUUAGAAAAGUUGAGAACAGUCCAAAAACAAAAACAAAAGCCCCGUAGUAGCUUACAGUAAACCUAACUUUGUGUAUUAGGUAGACUUAAAGGACAUUGGCAAUAAAAAAUAGUUUGUCUCAUUCAAAAGAACUCUUAAAAUUAUGUAUUAAACUCUAUUACCGAUUUGUCAUAUCUUGCUUAGUUCUCGAA